CAGGCACAGCCUCUCGCGUCACCUAGGCACCUAGCAAGCAAGAAGCACUCGGGAGCACUUGCUUCCUGCGCUCUUCCACUCCGACAGUCCGACGAGGAAGAAGAGAUUCGAUUCGAGGGAGGGAGGGAGGGAGCUCGUUGUCUCAGUUGGCCAUGGCACCCGCGCCGCACAACGGACUGAACAACAACCACCCGGUCGCGCCCAUGGAUGUGUCGGUGGAGGCCGGGAACGCCGGAGCCGCCGAGUGGCUAGACGACGACGGCCGGCCGCGCCGCAGUGGCACGUUCUGGACGGCCAGCGCGCACAUCAUCACCGCCGUCAUCGGCUCGGGAGUCCUCUCCCUGGCGUGGGCCAUCGCGCAGCUGGGCUGGGUGGCCGGCCCCGCCGCCAUGCUCCUCUUCGCCUUCGUCACCUACUACACGGCGGCGCUGCUCGCCGAGUGCUACCGCACGGGCCACCCGGAGACGGGCAAGCGCAACUACACCUACAUGGACGCCGUGCGCUCCAACCUCGGCGGCGUCAAGGUCGUCUUCUGCGGCGUCAUACAGUACGCCAACCUCGUCGGCGUCGCCAUCGGCUACACCAUCGCGUCGGCCAUCAGCAUGAAGGCCGUCAGGAGGGCCGGGUGCUUCCACGCCCACGGGCAUGCGGACCCCUGCAAGAGCUCCAGCACCCCGUACAUGGUCCUGUUCGGCGGUGUCCAGAUUCUCUUCUCGCAGAUACCGGACUUCGAUCAGAUUUGGUGGCUCUCCAUUGUCGCCGCCGUCAUGUCCUUCACUUACUCUUCCAUCGGACUCUCCCUCGGCAUCGCACAGACCGUCUCCAAUGGUGGGUUCAAGGGCAGCCUCACUGGCAUCAGUAUUGGCGCCGGCGUCACCUCCACGCAGAAGAUCUGGCACACGCUCCAGGCGUUCGGCGACAUCGCGUUCGCCUACUCCUUCUCCAACAUCCUCAUCGAGAUCCAAGAUACGAUCAAGGCGCCGCCACCGUCGGAGUCGAAGGUGAUGCAGAAGGCGACGCGGCUGAGCGUGGCGACCACGACAGUAUUCUACAUGCUGUGCGGGUGCAUGGGGUACGCGGCGUUCGGCGACAACGCGCCGGACAACCUCCUCACCGGCUUCGGCUUCUACGAGCCCUUCUGGCUGCUCGACGUCGCCAACGUGGCCAUCGUCGUGCACCUGGUCGGCGCCUACCAGGUGUUCUGCCAGCCCAUCUUCGCCUUCGUGGAGCGCCGCGCCGCCGCGGCCUGGCCGGACAGCGCCUUCGUCUCCCGGGAGCUCCGCGUGGGUCCCUUCUCCCUCAGCGUGUUCCGCCUGACGUGGCGGUCCGCGUUCGUGUGCGUCACCACCGUCGUCGCCAUGCUGCUGCCGUUCUUCGGCGACGUGGUGGGGCUCCUCGGCGCCGUCUCCUUCUGGCCGCUCACCGUCUACUUCCCCGUCGAAAUGUACAUCAAGCAGCUCCGCGUGCCCCGCGGCAGCACCAAGUGGAUCUGCCUCCAGACGCUCAGCGUCAGCUGUCUCCUUGUCUCCGUCGCCGCUGCAGCAGGAUCCAUUGCCGAUGUCAUCGCCGCCCUCAAGGUCUACAAGCCGUUCAGCGGUUAGCUUCGCAGGCAGAAGGUGGGAGGGAUAUAUGCAAAAACGAUUGCGGAUACUGUACUGCUCCAUUAGUUGGCAGGAUCUAGCAAUUAGGUCUUAUACUUUUUUGAGAUGAGAUGAUGAAUUAGGUAUAAUCUGCUAUACUUUUUUGCC